AGGUAAACAAUAAGCACAUCCGGUGUAACUGUCUCCCUUUAAUUAUUAGCCGUUGUGUAGCGAGCUCACCAAAGUCUACACAAAACACAUUUCUAGUGUCAAAAAGAGUCCAUGAUUCGCAAAAGAAACCUGAGUUUGGUUGAUAAUAGUCUCUGUCCGGAGCCCAUGGAGCCUCCCGGGUCUGUAGUCCGCACAGACGAGGAUUUACUGGAGCCCGAUGAUGAGCUGCUGUGCUCGGUCAGCGACAUCACGGAGCACCUCGGCCGAAACAUCACCAUGGUGCUGGACACGGCGCUCUCCGAGAUCCGCCAAAUGAUCACCAUCAGAAUCCGCGUCCUGAAGAUGGAGCUGCGGGAGAAGAGCCAGGAGGUCGAGGUGUUAAAGGCGAGACUGUGCACGGGGCAGGGGGACACUAUGCCCGGGGGCGGUGGGUCUACAGUGGAUCCGUCUACAGAUCUGAUAAAGCACGAAUCCGGGUCCAAGAAUAGCAACGGCACCGAGACCAGGAGAGCCAAAGUGCUGCCCGGGGUCAAGAAGGAGAACAUAGACGCCAUAUGCGACUAUCUGAUGAAAGACAAGAACUCCCGAGGAUCUGGAGACAUGGAGACGGAGCAGAGCCAGUGCAGCACCGACAGACCUGCCCGAACCGAGUCUGACCCGCCCCUCAGCAUGUGGUCCGACCCCGGGGUGGCUGGUGACGACUCAGGUCAUGAAGAGUCCGAGUCCACCGCAGAGGACCUCUUCAGCAUGCUGCCCUCAGGAAGCAAACGCAUGUACGAUUACGAGUGGAUAGCCCCGGUAGACUACUCCACUGACCUCAAAGUUAUGAAGGACCCUGAGUGUGAGGAUGGACAUGCUGCAGAGGAGAGUGAGAAGGAGCUGAGGCGGGAUGGGGGCAGUCUGGCCCAGGAGCCACUGUUGAAUGAUCAGCAACCAGAGUUCUCCAUGGAGCAUCCCAGUUCUCCAGGGGAAGCUGGAGGUCCUGUGCAGAGCAGCAUGAGCAGACAGGACUCUGUACGUGCCUUCCCGACACACUCCUUCAUCUGCUCACUCUGUGCAACCUUUUGUCCUGGACCUGCAUUCCUGGAGGAGCACAUUAAACUGAUACACCCGGACUCAGUGGAGGCUCAAGCACUGGAGGCGCUGCAGUCCACAGCAGCAGGCUCUGGGCUGGGAGACAAUGGCACAGAGCUAAGCCAGGGGCCCGGGGCUCAAAGAGAGGCCGGCCCUUCACCAGAGGCAACUAAACCUCAGCGGCGGUGCUUUGGGGUUAAGAAGGAGGUCAGGAUCGAGGGGGGUUACCAGUGUGGAGAGUGUGGACGCUGCUUUAACUACCUGGGGAACCUGCGGCAGCACCAGCGCAUCCACACUGGAGAAAAGCCCUUUGUGUGUCCUGAGUGUGGAGAGCGCUUCAGACAUGCAGCCCGCCUCAAGAGCCAUAGGCUGGUGCACAGCGGUAAUGAGAGCCCCUUCCCCUGCCCCCAGUGUGGGAAGGGCUUCUCUGUGCUAUCAGGCCUGAAGAGGCACCAGCGUGUACACACAGGAGAGAGCCCCUACGCUUGUCCGCAGUGUGGCCGCCGCUUCAAAGAGCUGGGCAAUCUGUACACUCACCAGAGGAUCCACAGCGGGGCCACGCCGUACUGCUGCCAGCAAUGUGGGAGGAGCUUCAGGCACCUGGGAACCUACAAGAGCCACCGUUGUAUCCCUGGGCUCCUAGACUUGCCCACCGUGCCCCUGAACACAGCCAGGUCAGAGCACAGUCGGUCUAUGGACUCACACAGUGAGCAGACAGAGCACACAGGCCUAGCACAGAGCACCUGAACACUGGCCUAACAGUCAAACUUCACCUCUGUUCAAACUAUUAUUCUGCACAGGUGCCCUGCCCAAACCCUGGAGCGAAAAUGGCUCUGUUCAGAAAUCUGCUCCGUGUGAAAUCAUGAAGCACUUUAAACCCAAAUCACUCACUUUAAAAUCUUUGAUCUCUCAGUCUUUUUCUAUUCUUGCCCAAAGUGGACAUCUGAACGUUUCAAAGGAACGUUCUUAAAUAAUUUAUUUGUUCGUUCAAUCUUAUUGUAAUCACUUUAUAUGCGUGACAUGUUACAAAAUAAUCACUCCAAAAGGAAAGAAAAACUCUGCCCUUGAGUUUUUAACUGGUACUGACCUUUUAUGAAGUAACACAUAUUAAACUGAUUGUUAAUGUGUACUGGUUUCAAAUGGAAAAGUCCAAGCACCUAACAACCUGUGAUCUAAUAAAUACUGAACAAUGAUUGACAAUGAUAA